AGGACAUACAUACAUCGAACGUGAAGAUGCAGAGCUGUUCAAGGAUCAAUCUUUGAAGAAAUACCCGUGGGUCCAGAUGUGGAGGUGUAGAAGCGGUGACAGAGAAGAAGGAGGUGAAGACAGGUUGAGAGGAAGAGAAGUAUGAGCAAUACGGGCGGGGUGCCAAGUUAUUUGAUGCCGACAGCUGCGGCAAGGUCGAGGCAGGUCAAUGUGUUUGCUACUGAGUCUACGAGGAGAGCGGUGUCGAGCACAACUACGAGGAAGUCCCUCAUCAAUUCGAGGCUAACUUCGUUGACGACGACCUCGCGCACCACGCGCCCGGCGCAGCCAAAAUAUGAACCUUUGUUUGCUGGUAUGAAGCUUGAUGUGUACGAGUUUGACGAAGAUGAUACAUUCCGUAUUGAAGUUUGAGGUUGAGUGUGAUGGAACGAAGGCAUGUCAUAUCAUUUAGUGGGUUCUUUGUUCGUAAUGGUGUUUGGGUUAUUGGGGCAUUUAUUUCCGGGGUUCUUUCUAUAUCUUCUAAUCACCGGUUGGUCAAGUCCCU